GCGAAGCCAAAGACACUGAGGCUUCACAACAGAUUUCUCUGAAACUUGUCUUUGCCAAUAAUGAGGAGUUCUCAUUAGCAACUGGGUGUUGCACAGUUCUGGGUUUGAAUUAGAUCGCAGCCAAAUUGAGAUAAACCACCAUGGCAGUGUCAACACAUCUUCACUCUCUUACAAGUCUUGCUUCGUUGACUCACCGCACUAAGCUGUUCAACAGCUCAUGCUGCACUUCCCUGUUUCCCAAUGCAAAGCAAACAAGCCCAUCAACGCUGUGCAGUGCUGUGCUCUCCGGACACUCCACUGUUUCCGCGGGAUCAAAACCACCGUUUUCUUCCUUCAAUGAGUUGAUUGAGUCCCUGAUUGAUAAGAAGGAUUUAUCGGAGUCGGAAUCGGAAGCUGCAAUGGAGUUCUUGCUGAGUGAUACUAAUGAGGCUUUGAUUAGCGCCUUUCUUGUGCUGUUGAGAGCCAAAGGAGAGACUUAUGAAGAAAUUGUGGGAUUGGCAAAGGCAAUGAUGAAACACAGUUUACCGAUUGAGGGAUUGGAUGAUGCAGUUGACAUUGUCGGAACUGGAGGUGAUGGCGCAAACACAGUAAACAUUUCCACAGGGGCUUCAAUACUUGCUGCAGCAUGUGGUGCUAAAGUUGCAAAGCAAGGUAAUCGUUCAAGUUCUUCUGCAUGUGGAAGUGCAGAUGUAUUGGAAGCUUUGGACAUAGUCAUUGAAUUGGGCCCUCAGGAGGUCAAGAGAUGUGUUAAUGAAGUGGGCAUUGGUUUUAUGAUGGCACCAAAGUAUCAUUCAGCAAUGAGGAUCGUUCGUCCUGUGAGGAAAAAACUAAAAGUAAAAACUGUAUUCAACAUUUUGGGACCUAUGUUGAAUCCGGCAAAAGUCCCUUUUGCCGUAGUUGGUGUAUACACUGAAGAUUUGGUCUUGAAGAUGGCUGAAGCAUUACAAAGCUUUGGCAUGAAAAGAGCAUUGGUUGUUCAUUCUGAGGGACUGGACGAAAUGAGUCCUCUCGGACCUGGACUUAUCCUUGAUGUGACUCCUAACAAGAUUGAGAAGUUCUCCUUCGAUCCAUUGGACUUUGGAAUUCCUCGAUGCACUGUAGAUGAUUUGCGAGGUGGAGGUCCAGAGUAUAAUGCUGAGGCAUUAAAGCGUGUACUGUCAGGAGAAAAAGGUUCCGUUGCAGAUGCACUUAUCCUAAAUGCAGCAGCAGCUCUUUUAGUUAGCGGCCGUGUUACAAAUUUAGCUGAAGGAGUUCUUUUGGCUCGUGAUACACAACGUUCAGGGAAAGCUAUCAAGACGCUCGAUCAUUGGGUAUCUAUCACAAAAACAAUGAGGCCAGAUUCAGUUGUUUAUUAAGGUGCUUAAGAGUUUUCAAGAUGAGAGCCAGUAAUAGAGCCAAGGAAUUUCGGGACAAAACUGAGAGAACAAACUAAGGCGGUUAAAUAUUCUAAUGUACUUGUACGCUGAUUUAGAUAGGGCUGAUAAGGCAGUUCCAUAUGUCUAAUGUAUGUUUCAAUGAAAAUAAAAUAGUUGUAGAAUCUUGGAUUUCCCUUUGUCAACUCCAAAAUCAAGUAGCUCUCACUUUCGAUUAUGAGGAACAAUUACAUAUUUAUAUA